CCGCUUGAAUUCCAAGUCUGAACGGAUAAGGUCAUCAUCCGCUUCACUUCUCCUCUCGUCUUCCUCGUCGGCGAGGGCGACGGUGCGAAACCAUGGCGGCUGCCGUCCACUGUGCAAGUUACAAGUAUGAGGCAUCAGUCCAAUUUCAUACAAUCAGAGGCUCGUUUACUGAAUUUCACUCAUAAAAAGGCCAACAGACAAGGAGCAUAGGCUCACAGCUCACCAAAUACCAUUUCUCUUUUCUUUAUAUUCAUAUGUUGUGUACUGCAAGUUAACCUCUGGUUCCUGUCUCAAAUUGUGUCUACAGGGCAUACGUUUCUAUGAGCUUUGAUUGUGGUGCUAGUAGUACUUCAAGAAUAACAUUCUCUUGUUACAAGUGCUGUGCAUUGUUGGAACCAACUCUACUACAGAAUUUUUUUCGAAAAUCAAGUCAAUUAAUUCGUUAUCAGAAAUUCAUUGUGCCCCAGUCAUCCCUGAAAGAAUUAUCUUGCGAACAAUUGGCCAACAAAAUGGAUGAGCAAUGGUCACAUGAUUCUUCUUACUCAUUCUCAUCUUCAAGUGCACAACCAUCCAUAAGAAAGAGCGAUGUGAAGAAGCAAGUGCAGGAUCAGCAACCUCAUAAGCCACAAAAUCUAGAAGGUGAUGCCUACUUUGCUGGUUUGUCGAAGAAGGAAAUUGAGAGAAGACGGAAGAUUGGUGCUGCAAACAAGGGGAAGGUUCCCUGGACAAAAGGCAGGAACUGGAGUGAAGAGCAUAAGAAGCUCAUCAAGCAACGAACUACUGAAGCUCUGAGCGAUCCCAAGGUUAGGAAGAAAAUGCUAGGGCAUCGUCAACUACAUAGACAAGCGAGCAAAGACAAAAUAAGUGCUGCAUUGAGGAAGAUCUGGGAGAGGCGAAUAGUUUCUGUCAAAUCUAGACAGAAGGUUCUGCAAAUAUGGUCAAACAGUAUAGCAAAAGCAGCGAAAGAAGGUGAUCACAGCCAAGAUAAGCUGGACUGGGACAGCUAUGACAGGAUUAAGUCGGAGAUGACAUCUAUGUUCCUGCAGAACAAAGAGAGGGAACAGAUAAUCAAGAAGCUUAAAAAGUCAGUGGCGAAAACAGCAGCUAAGAAGCUUCAAGCAGCGGGGAGGAGGAAAGUACUGACCAGAGGGACAAAAAAGUCGAAACCUGAGAAGUUGCUGCUACAGAAAUUAGACUCUCUGCCGACACAGGUGAUAGUAUCAACAAGACCAAAGCUUAAGGAGAGACUAACGAAGUGGCACGGUCGCAAAAAGGAGCUCGAAACUGUGAUAAGUUCAAGGACAAGGAAAGGAGGAUUGCAAAAGCCUCCACGAAGGCAAAGGACACCAGAAAGGCGAGCAGAAGCGGACUUGGUGGAGAAGCUUGAGGUUCGCUGAGCCGGCUUCAGGAGCUUCAGUUAUCUUGGAAGGACGUGCUUCCAUGCGCUGACACUUGACUUGAGCUGCUGACUGCUAAGUGCUAACCACUGGGAAGCUCUCAGUCACCUCAGAGAAGCUCAUGACGUUGGUGUAAAAAAAAGCUCAUGACGUUAGUCAUGGAAUUUUCGUCCAUCUUACCUUUUUCAUGUGUGCUCGGUCACUCUGAAGUAAGUGUUUGCAGUCUCAUGCUGAUCUAUCUGUAGGUGGUAUCAGAAGAUUUGAAUGAUACAAACUCCGUGUAGGUUGUAUUUGCAAGCCGAACGAACUUGCUGAGUCAUUGUGUGACCAUCUUACUGUUGUAUGUGUGAUGUUGAUUUUAUUGAUCUGAUAAUCUAAAUGGAGAGUUCUGGUGAUCA